ACCCAGGAUCUACUACUUCCAUCGUCUCUGUGAAAGCUCUUUUUAGCUUUCGAUUCUCUCUCAACGUAUCUGUAUAUAUAUAGAGAUAUAUAUUUGAUUGAGAGAGUGAUUCAUAUAGUUGAUUUCAUUCAAACUCUGGUGUGUUGUUAUUGAAAUGGCUGAGGAAUCGCAGAAAUGGGUGUUGAUGGUCACCGCACAGACACCAACCAACAUCGCUGUGAUCAAGUAUUGGGGCAAGAGGGACGAAACCCUAAUUUUGCCCAUCAAUGACAGCAUCAGUGUCACUCUCGAUCCCAAACAUCUCUGCACCACCACCACCGUUGCUGUGAGUCCUACCUUUGACCAAGAUCGCAUGUGGCUCAAUGGCAAGGAGAUAUCCCUUUCUGGAGGUAGAUACCAGAAUUGUUUGAGGGAAAUUCGGUCUCGUGCUUGUGAUGUUGAGGAUGAGAAAAAGGGUGUCAAGAUCACAAAGAAGGAUUGGGAGAAAUUGCAUCUCCACAUUGCUUCUUACAACAAUUUCCCUACUGCUGCUGGUUUGGCUUCCUCGGCUGCCGGUUUUGCUUGCCUUGUUUUUGCCCUCGCAAAGCUAAUGAAUGUGAAAGAAGAUCAGGGGAAACUUUCAGCUAUAGCAAGGCAAGGUUCAGGAAGUGCUUGUCGCAGUUUAUAUGGUGGUUUUGUGAAGUGGAUAAUGGGAAAAGAUGACAAAGGAAGUGACAGCAUUGCUGUUCAACUUGCAGAUGAGAAGCACUGGGAUGAGCUUGUUAUUGUGAUUGCUGUGGUAAGUUCACGUCAGAAGGAAACAAGUAGCACCUCAGGAAUGCGUGAGACUGUUGAAACAAGCAGGCUUAUAGAGCAUAGAGCAAAGGAAGUAGUACCAAAGCGCAUUGUUCAAAUGGAAGAAGCCAUAAAAAAUCGUGAUUUCCCAGCUUUUGCACGUUUGUCUUGUGCUGACAGUAAUCAGUUCCAUGCAGUCUGCCUGGAUACAAGUCCCCCAAUAUUCUAUAUGAAUGACACAUCCCACAGGAUAAUUAGCUGCGUUGAGAAAUGGAAUCGUUCUGAGGGAACACCUCAGGUGGCAUAUACUUUUGAUGCGGGGCCAAAUGCAGUUCUAAUUGCACGAAAUAGAGAGGUUGCUUCCCAAUUGAUUCAAAGGCUGCUUUUUCAAUUCCCUCCACCUUCCGAUACUGAACUGAACAGUUAUGUUAUCGGUGAUAAGUCGAUACUUCAAGAUGCUGGGAUUCAGGAAAUGAAGGAUGUCGAAGCUUUGCCCCCACCUCCAGAAAUUAAGAAUAAUAUCCCAGCCCAGAGAACCAAGGGAGAUGUUAGUUACUUUAUUUGCACAAAGCCUGGGAGAGGUCCCGUUGUGCUGUGUGACGAAAGUCAUGCUCUUCUGAAUCCUGAAACUGGGCUUCCCAAGUAAAGAGGGUAUAUUUUGCUUCGUUUGGUGUCUCUUCUCAGGCUGACUCAAAAUUGUUAGCGUGGAGUAUUUGCAAUCAGUUAGUUUUUACAUUGCACCGGAUGGAACUGUGAAAUUGCAAAUUUGCAGUUCUUCCUUUUAUGUUGUAAUUUAAACAUUCCUCAAUCUUCUAAUGUUUAUGUACUCGUUAUCUUCUACAUAGUAAUGAAUAAAUUGCUCAUCAAUCAAUCAAUUUCCCAUUCAGUGUUUUUUUUGGGAUUA